GAUAAAUAAGAACUAAACUAGGUUCUCUCUUAGUAGUCUGUGGAACUAACUAUAGAUAGUGAGCUAAAGAAAAUAAUGAUAAUUAUAAAGUGGAAAUAAUUAAUUUAUUCCUGUACAUUCAGCUGUUUUUACAUGAAAUUGUAAUGUGUAUUAUAAUCAAAGUUAUAUUUACUUUACACGUCGAAGUUAAUCGUCCAAGAUUUACCUACAAUCUAAAAUGACUUUAAACUUAGAUGAGUCUUUGAGAGAUAAAAUUGUUGACUGUUUAUCACAACAACUAAGUGAAUUUGAAUUAUUGAAGUCAAUGUACCCUAAUAAUGGUGAAAUUGUAUUAACUGACAAUAAUGUCUUAGAUGACAUUCAGAAUUAUUUAGAGUGCAAGUCAGAAUAUACUCCAAAUAAUUUGGAUUUUACCAUUAACUUGAUACAAAAUGGGUUGAAACUAGAAGUUUGCAUUAAUUUGCCUGGCUUUUAUCCAUCUGAGGAACCUGAUAUUUUUGUGAGAUGCAAUCAACUAAAUCGUCAGCAAGAGACAGCUUUAAAUACAGAACUGUCUGAUCAUCUUAAAAGCAACUAUUAUGGAGAAGUGUGUAUAUACACAGCAAUAUCAUGGCUUCAAGAAAAUAUAUAUAUUUUUAUAAGUAAUCAAACUAAGGCUAGUAAACCUUUACCACAAAAUAAAGAUGAAACGGAACCUCUAGAUGAAAAAUUUGUAAGGUUGUGGAUAUAUUCUCAUCACAUUUAUAAUAAGAGGAAAAGGGAAGAGAUUGUUAAGUUAGCUAAAGAAUUGCAUUUGACUGGAUUUUGUUUACCGGGCAAACCUGGUAUAGUGUGUAUUGAAGGAACUUCUGCAGAUUGUAAAGAAUGGUGGAAGGAUAUAAAAUCAAUGUGUUGGAAGAAAAUUAUAAUAAGGAAAACUGAAGUUUUUGAAUUAUCUGAACAAAAACAACAGCAAAAAUUUGAUAAAUUUGAAGAAAUAAGUUUUCAAAAUCCAUCAUCAAGACAUAGUAAACAUGCAGAUAUGAGUAGCUUCUCAAAGUUUAUGGAAGAGCGUGGACUAAAUCAAUCAUUCAAUGAUUUUUUCGGAUUGUGUUGUGAUGAUUGACAGAAGCAAUGCUUAUCAACUUAAUACAUAGUUUUAAGUCUAGAUAAGUGCAAUUUUUCUGUUUAAUUCUGUUGUUUCUUUGUUUAAAGGAAUAAUACUAAACACAUUUUCUACCAUAA